CAAGCUCAAGCCCUCAUUCUGUCCCCCAUGGUGGACACUCUCUCUGGGACAACUCCUCUAUUUCUGUCUGGUCUCCAGACCUGAGUCCCGCUGCCUGCCUCUGGUCAGAUGCUCAAAGACCUGACUGUGGACUACAUAGAGGUUUUUGCUUUGGAUUGUUGUCAAAAGAAGGAGCCAGAGAGGGCUUGUAUGACUGUGACAGGGCAGGAUCAGAUCAGCGAGGCCUUUUUGAGGAGACAGAGCUUUUUGAGGAGUUUAAUAAGGCCCAAAUGAUGGAUUAUAAAACUGGAAGGAGGACAACAAAUUCCAGGAUUUUUUUGGACAAAGGCAAAGUAAAAGGCACAAUGCCUUAGGAGCUACUGGCAGUACAAAAUCCUGCCUGGGGGCCCUAUACUCUGGGCCCUGUACCUCCAGCAGCAGACAGAGUGUAUAAUUUUGAGGUCUGUGUUUGCAUGAAUGACUGAGCAACUGAGGACAGAGCUCUUUGUUAGCGAGCCUGCAUCAUGACCUCAGUUGAGAAGCGCCGCUCAGGCCGAAAGAGUGGCGGACAUCGAAAGCACAGCGAUGGAGGCUACAGCGACACCUCCAGUGGUGGGUCCUUUCUGGAUGAGACUGACCGUGAGGUCAGCAAUCUGACAGAUCGAGCAUUCAGAAGUCUCUGCAUUGGAGAUGAGGCUGUUUAUAAUGACUCAGACCUCUGUUCGUCUUCACCCUGCACCCAGAGAGACAGACAGCUGGCCUUUAGUCAGAGUGGCCAGGACGGAGACAGAGAGGACAGAGAGAGGGAGGAACUUAAGAGAGCUGCACACGAGAGCUUCAGCCUCAGGGUGCAGCAGUAUGGACAGGACUGGAUCCAUGGAGGGAUGUAUGGGGCUGAGAUCCACAGAGAUCCACAGUGGGAGGUUUAUGGGGAAAGGACACAAGGGAGGGUUUCUGCCACAUUCCAGCACUCCUUUGUGGAAACUUCUCAACAGGAGGAAUCUCUGAGGGAAGAGCAGCUGUCCUUCCUCAGCAAUGGAGCCACAGAGUUGAAUUCACAGCAACGCAGAAGCCGAUCCAGAGUGUCUUCUCUCAUCAGAGCUUUUAACUCUGAGGGACAGAGAGAUGGAGCAGGGAUGGACGGUCAACUCAGAGACUGGAAUGAUGAGACAAGCUGGGACAAAUCAGCUCUGAUGAGUAUCCAAAGGGAACUUUCUGAAUUCUCUACAUCAUACCAGCAAAACUUUAACAGUGGUCAUUUCCCUUCAGCUGGCCCGUUCUCAUCCCGAGACACCAACUUCUACUCCUCUGACGUAGCAGCAGUGGCUCAAAUGAAUUCGGCAUCGUCUUUUAUGAGAUCUUCCCACAGUAAACACAGCAUGUCUGCACAGGUCAACUGUAACUCUAACUUCUUUAUACACAGUGAGUUUAGUCCUUUCAAGUUAUGGAGGGACCAUAACAGGUUUCCCUUCCAACAAGGAGAAGUCUCAGGGUUUAUGCACUGCUCAGAAUUUCCUAAAUGGUAUGAGACACCAAUGUACAAGGAGCUUUCAAUGGAGGCCCAACCACAGGGUCCUUAUAGGUUUGAGGAGAGGAGUAUCAGACACCCAAGGAAUAACUUGGCGCCUAUGGUUCCACCCACUCCAUCACGCUCCACCUCAACAUCCACAAUGCUGCAGAGAUCUUUGGCCGUAGAGAAACGGUGUGAGUCAGAGUUGGCAGGUCAUUUCCCCCACAGGAAGCGGACGCAGAGCCUGGGAACUAACAGGCUCCCAUCCCAACGCCCAUCAACUGCAUCACCUACCAUUGAGAUGUCUCGACGUGUCCAGGACACCAUCAGCUCUGUCAAAGCCCUCCAGCAAAAAAUUAAAAUGAUGACAGAGCAAAAUAUCACAACAGGAAUGAUAGCAAAUCAAGAAGCAGUACUUUAUAGCAAUGAUAAUUUAAUUCCCUUUGGCAACAAUACUGUGGCACCAAAUGCUGUCAGCAGUAACACAAGCACAACUCCUUUCAAUAUCAGCCAGCUGCUCACACCUUUAGUCCAUGCAAAUCAAGAAGUAGAGACAUCAGAGGUCCCGCAGUAUGCAGUUUCCCCUCAACCUGUCGAACAUCCUCCUGUGCGAGCAGAAAGCAGGGGAGCCACUCCUGAUAUUAGGUCCAGCUACAAAUCCAGAGCCACAAGCUUACUCUUCAAUCUCAAAGACAACAGGAAAAGAGUAAAAAGCACCUAUAGUCCCACCAAAUUCAAAGGCUUGGACACACCGGAGAAAAACAAACAACCUUCUGUCCAGGAGCCUAGAGACACAGUGAUAGACAUCCCUGAUUUCCCAGAUGCCGGCAUUCAAUUUCCCCAGGUAGAAGAAUCCAUCAGGACAAAUUCUGCCUCACAUCAAUAUGGAAACCAAUAUCAUAACCCUGGAUUACCACUUACAACACUAAAUUCUCAACCUGCAACAGCACAUGCAGGCCAAUAUUCAGAAUACACCUCAAGUAAUUACCAGACAGCUCAGAUGCAAAGUGAGAUGGUUCAUCACUCUGGGUUCACUGACUUCAUACCUGGAAAUUACGCUAGUAAUCAGCUGGCUAAUGGACAGAAUCUCCAUGAAGACUUAUUGUCAUUUACUCCCUAUAAGCAAGGCAUGAUAGAUAAUGUCGAAACUCUGGGAGGAGAUGUAUACAGGCUUAAACCACCUUAUACAACUACAGAAGCUCCGAGGCUAAAUGCUGACAACAAUCAAACCAGAGAAUAUUUAAUAAGCAAGGCAAAUACUGAGCAACAUUUUAAUGAAACAGUGGGAAGGGAAUUCACAAAGGUGGAUAGAUAUCAGCAGUUGAAAGAAAAUAAACAUGAUUACAGUAAUGUGUCCUCACAGGAUAGGUGGAGACAGACAAACAGCCAAGACACAGAAAAUUUCAGACUGAAAACAGCUAUCUCUCCAUGGAAACAAGAGAUAAACACUUCAAUGGAAAAAGACCAACUCGCACAGGCUUACCAAAGAGCAGCUGCAAUAAAGGAAGAACUAAAUUUACCAAGAGACAAAUACGGAGAACAUGAACAUGAGAAAACAGAGUUGAGAGAGAGUUUUGGUGUUGAAACAUCUCACAAAAAGACUGGAUUGGUCAGUCCUAUCAUUUCAAACCAACUGCCACAAUAUGCUCCAUUUAGUAAUGACACUGUAGAAAAUCCAGCAUAUUAUGGACAACAGCAACCUGGAACAUUAGAGGACAAAUACACACUUCGAAAGUAUUACGGACUAAAGGAAAAUGAAAUGAAAGAUAAUUAUUUGACACAGAAUUAUAACAGACAAACUGCUCAAGAAUACAGAAACCAACCCACCAUUGUUUCGAACAAAGACACACCUAUGCUCAUGCAAGAAACAGCUCACAGAAAAACUAUUCCCAAAGGGAACGAAAUGCAAAGUCUGCAGCCGACACAAGCUAAACCAAAGUUUGAACAUAAUAUGCAGAAAAAUUCAUUAUCUAACCCUGACAAUGCAUCUGCCCCAACAAUGGCAAACCCGCCAGAACACAGACAGUUUGUUGAGGUCAAGGCCGAACAGGCCAUGACAGACCAUAUAAAAGCACAACACGCCCAAGCAGAGCUGGCAAAGUCUCAGAACUGGGCUCAAGUGGAGCAGCCCAAACUGGAGUCAGCUAGGUUAAUUUUAGCAGGGCAGACUGGUUCAGAGAAAGUCAAACCAGAGCUAACAGAGCAGGAGAGAGUAAACCAGGCUAAAGCAGAGCAUAUUAAAGAUAAGAAGAGAAAAGAAGAACAGACACAACAGUCAAUAGAAAAACAGCCAGAGUGGGUCAGAGAGGAAGAGAUCAAGGGAGAGAAAACUAGAGUACAGAAGGUAACACAGGAGCCAAAAAAUAUUACAGAGGAAGUAAGAUCUGAGCACAUGAGAGAGGAGCAGGGUGAACAGGUCAAAGCACAACAAGCUGAAGCAGAGAGGCUAAAAGAGGAACACAUAAAAACUGAGCUGGCCAAGACCGAGCAGGCUGAGGAGGCAAGAAUAAAACAGGCUAACACUGAACAGGCCAGAAAAGAAAGGAUCAAAGCAGAGCAACGUGAGGAAGAUCGGGUAAGAGCAGCACAAGUUGAAAGAGAGCGGAUGGAGGCAGAACAAAUCAGAACAGAAAAGGUUAAAGCAGAACAGGCUGAAGCACAGCGAAAAGCAGAACAAGCUAAACUACAGCAGAUAAAAGAGCAACAAGCUAAAGCCGAACAAGCUAAAUUAGAGCAGAUGAAAGAGCAACAAGCUAAAGCCGAACAAGCUAAACUACAGCAGAUAAAAGAGCAACAAGCUAAAGCCGAACAAGCUAAACUACAGCAGAUAAAAGAGCAACAAGCUAAAGCCGAACAAGCUAAACUACAGCAGAUAAAAGAGCAACAAGCUAAAGCCGAACAAGCUAAAUUAGAGCAGAUGAAAGAGCAACAAGCUAAAGCCGAACAAGCUAAAUUAGAGCAGAUGAAAGAGCAACAAGCUAAAGCCGAACAAGCUAAACUACAGCAGAUGAAAGAGCAACAAGCUAAAGCCGAACAAGCUAAACUACAGCAGAUGAAAGAGCAACAAGCUAAAGCCGAACAAGCUAAAUUAGAGCAGAUGAAAGAGCAACAAGCUAAAGCCGAACAAGCUAAAUUAGAGCAGAUAAAAGAGCAACAAGCUAAAGCCGAACAAGCUAAAUUAGAGCAGAUGAAAGAGCAACAAGCUAAAGCCGAACAAGCUAAACUACAGCAGAUAAAAGAGCAACAAGCUAAAGCCGAACAAGCUAAACUACAGCAGAUGAAAGAGCAACAAGCUAAAGCCGAACAAGCUAAACUACAGCAGAUGAAAGAGCAACAAGCUAAAGCCGAACAAGCUAAAUUAGAGCAGAUGAAAGGACAACAAGCUAAAGCCGAACAAGCUAAAUUAGAGCAGAUGAAAGAGCAACAAGCUAAAGCCGAACAAGCUAAAUUAGAGCAGAUAAAAGAGCAACAAGCUAAAGCCAAACAAGCUAAACUACAGCAGAUAAAAGAGCAACAAGCUAAAGCCGAACAAGCUAAAUUAGAGCAGAUGAAAGAGCAACAAGCUAAAGCCGAACAAGCUAAACUACAGCAGAUGAAAGAGCAACAAGCUAAAGCCGAACAAGCUAAAUUAGAGCAGAUGAAAGAGCAACAAGCUAAAGCCGAACAAGCUAAAUUAGAGCAGAUGAAAGAGCAACAAGCUAAAGCCGAACAAGCUAAAUUAGAGCAGAUGAAAGAGCAACAAGCUAAAGCCGAACAAGCUAAACUACAGCAGAUGAAAGAGCAACAAGCUAAAGCCGAACAAGCUAAAUUAGAGCAGAUAAAAGAGCAACAAGCUAAAGCCGAACAAGCUAAAUUAGAGCAGAUGAAAGAGCAACAAGCUAAAGCCGAACAAGCUAAAUUAGAGCAGAUGAAAGAGCAACAAGCUAAAGCCGAACAAGCUAAAUUAGAGCAGAUGAAAGAGCAACAAGCUAAAGCCGAACAAGCUAAAUUAGAGCAGAUGAAAGAGCAACAAGCUAAAGCCGAACAAGCUAAACUACAGCAGAUAAAAGAGCAACAAGCUAAAGCCGAACAAGAGAAGACUAAGAUUGUUGAGGGUGAUUUAAUUCAGGCAGUUCAAGUAAUUGCAGAGCCUCCUACAACACAGAUGAGUAAAGCCGAAGAGGAAAAAGUUGAAGAUAGAAAGGCAGAGCAAGCAAAGUUGAAACAAACCAAAGUGGAGCUAGCUAAAGCAGAGCUCACAAAAACAGACAACAUGCAGGAAAGGUCAGCUAAACCAACAGCAAAACUAACACUGACACAACAGGUCAAAAGUGAGCCAGAUAAAGUUGAGCAAGUUAAGACAGAGUUAGCUAAAACUAAAGCAGAAUUGGCUAAAAUAAAGGAGAAAAUGAGAGGAGAGCAAAAAGUCAGAAAUACAAUUCUCACAAAAGAAGAUGGGAUUAAGAAAGAUGUUCCUUUGAAGGUAAAUACCAGUAAAAAUGAGAAGAAGGAGUACAAGAAUCAGGACCAGGCCACACAAAUGCAUCAACAAAGUACAGAUCAAGCUAUCAGAGGGACUUCUGAAUAUAAUUAUCUUAGAGAGAAAUAUGGUUUUACUGAUACAACCUCAACAAACAGAAACAAACUCUCAGCUGUCGGAAUUGAUUCUACAAAUGAUGCCAAUGAAACACCUGGUGCAUGUCUUGAUAAAGUUGAGAUAGUUACAGAUAGUAAUGACAAAUCAAAGGACAAACAUAGUCCUACAAGCAGAUUUGCAACAGCUAACAUGGAAAAUAAGGAGGAAAUAGGCAGCAUUAAAUCCAGUGAGGUGGCAGAAAGUCAUUAUGUUUACAGUGAGUCAUCCAAAGAAUUCAAAUUAUCUGGUGCUGAUUAUUUACCUACCAGUACAGGUAGAGCAAAUAGUGACACUGCUACUGAUAAAGUGAGGGAUGACUGUGUUGAAAAGUCAGAAAAAUGUGACCCUCUGAAACAACCUGGUGUUUCACAGCAAAGAGAUGCUGAUUUGGUUAAACCACCCCCCCUUGAAAGAAAACCCAAGUCAACUGAGCACAGUGCAGGUCCAGGUAAAGAUUCACAUUUUAACCCUCCCAGAGCACUGUCCCAUAAAGAAAGAGCUCAGACUAAGCAGGAGAUCCUGACUUCCAAGAUAAAGGCUCAUGCUGAAAAAGAGAUUUCAGCCAUUAAAGAAAAGGGUUUUGCUAUACGAGAUGGGUUUACAUCCAAAAUGUCUACCAAGCAACUAGCAGGUAGUCAGACCUUUAGCAUACGACAGAAGCCACAAUCACAGGAAGUGCAUAAAAAGCAUGAAAGCACAAUGUCCAGUAAUAAUACACCGAAGCACCUGAUGAAGCCUUCAGGAAUACAGACGGAACCAGUCAAGUCUGUUUCACCUCCCAGCACGGCUUCAAUACCAGUUAAGUCUGCAGCAACCACCAGUCAGUUAGUAGACCAUUCACAGAAACAAGUUCCCAAAGAACCCACGAAGAGUAGUACCAAUGUGCCGAAACUGCCCAGAGAAGCAAAACAGACAGGAAGUUAUACCACGAGCACAGAUGAGGGUUUGGUAGAAAAUCAUAAGAAUGAGAAUCAGUCUGGAAUUAAGUCACCAAUGCAAAAUAAAGAGCAGACACCACCCAAGAACAAGCAAGGAAACCCGGAAUCAAAUCAUGGAGAGAACUCUGGAAAACUGAAAGAGGGACUUCAAGACAAUCCUUCCGCAAACUAUGACCAUCUCAACAAGCAGAAAGCGGAUCCAUCGCAAGUUACAGCUCAGGUCGAAGCUGAAAUCUCCAAACCUAUGACGACAGAAAAGGCUGAGAGCAAACAUGAAGCUGUUCGUGAGGACUCAGCACCUUCACUUAAUCUCGUCUUUGCUCAGAACGAGACCCCUGUGGUUGACGACAGCUUGCAGAUCACAGGAAUAAUGGUAAUUGUAAGAGAGAGAACCCCAUCUGUGAACGACGGUCAGAGGAAUAACGACACUCAAGAACAAAUGAAUGCAAAAGUAAAAGAGUGCAGUAGUUCAGAGCUAGAUACAUGUAAUCCCAGCUCAGAUCUAGAAUUAAGUAAAGCAAAUAAAUCUUCAAAGGAAGUAAAAGGAGUAAAGGUAAAGGACAAAAUUGUACAGGACACUCCGACAGUGAAGAAAGAUCAAACUAAAGUUGGUAUGAAUAAUCAUCCUAAAAACAUGCAAGAAACUUCAACCCUAGAUAUAAGACAGAACAAUGGGUCAGAGACUGUCACUGUGAAAAGGACUAAUCUCCAACAGCCGAGUCUCUCUACAAAUGCAAGACCCCAGAGGGAAACACAACUCCAGGAACCCCUGGCUGAAAAGGGUGUGCCCUCCACUGUCACUGUACCUGCUAAAAAUAAAGUGUCGGCUGAAACUCAACCCGUUCUCUACAAACAGGACACGGUGGCAAGAGAAACCAAAGACGACACAAAUAAAACACCAAAAGAGAGCUCAACAAAGGGCAUAAAGAAAGAUGACGUAAAGAGUAACACUGAAGAGAAAAAUGCACCAAAAAGGCAAACAGCACAUAUCAAUGAGAGCUUCAUAGCUAAAAUGGUGAACACUGGAAUUGACCACACGAGUAGUUCCAACAGAGCUGAUGCUGAAAACCUGAUAAAACACGACCCCCACCCACCAGUGAAAGAAGAUACGACAACGGCCAUAAAUCCUUCCAAAAGCAAGAACAUCGAUGGUCAGAAUGCACCCCUACCGGAGGAAAAGAGACAUGACUCUAUAUCGCCAAAACAAGUCAACAAAACUAGUCCUUCUAACCAAUUCACUGAGAAUCGAAACAGGCAUGUAUCUCCAAAACAUCCGCAUAAAGAGACACUCAUUGGAGAAAAUAAUCAAUCGGAUGACAAUGUCCAUAUAGGCAUCAUUGCCAUCAGAGUUGUGCCAGCAGAAGCUGAGAAGAACAACCUGAAAAUGGCGGGAAAACAUCCUGUCACAACUGUCCCUUCUGGUGCCAUUGCAGAUAAUGAACACAAACUAGUUGCAUCACAUAGUCGUGAAGAAAAAGUGAACACUGAAGAUGGAAAGCCUGAAAAAGUAAAUAAAAGUGGGAAAUCAGUGGAUGAAUCAAAGAUACAACCAAUGGUGGGAGAUUAUUUUCAAGUGCAAGGGGUAGCAGAAACCAAUAAUGACCCACAAAAUAGUGCAAAUGUUGGAGAUACGUCAGAUGCUGUUUUAAAAGGAGGGGAACUUCCAGUAUUACAACCAAACAAGGCAGUUAUCAGCAAGGAAUUGUGCAAUGAAGGAAAAAAUGAAGUCUUUACAUUGGAUCAAAGUAAAAUGAAAACAAUGGAAUCAAGUUCAGCAAGCGUUCAAGAUGAGAACAUGAAAAGGGAAAACAGGGAAACAAAAGAUAAUCUGGCUUCAAAACAGAGUGAUCGUCCCACAGAGAGACAGACUAAUAAAAAUGUGAAGACAGAGGCAGGUCAAGCUAUUCAUAACAGAAAACAGCACACAGAGAACCAGUCCAGUUUCGCAGCAAGGGAAAGACAGACCUCAAGAAAUUCACAUCCAACAAGGGAAAAUACGGUUAAAGAAAAACCUGAAGUUAAACCAAAGCCAAAAGAAAGGGCAUCCACAAUACCUGAGAUAUCAGCAAUUGCAGAUUAUGCAAGGUUAAAAGUAAUUGUUUCAGAAGACCAGGCAAACAACGUUCAGGAGUUCCCACCCAACAAAAAGGAAGGAUUCUUUCCACUAAUACAGACUCGUCAUAGCAGACGCCCAGUCUUCACUGCUGACCCACAAGACCUCUCUGUGAAAGAGAAAAGUUUGCCAAAUAAGACAGAGAUCAGCUCCAAAGUGAACAAAGAGCCCAAACCCUUAGUAUUUCCCAUUACAGAAAAAGAACAUCAAAGGACUGGGAUGUUCAAAUUGGGAGACAAAGAAAGACAAGAGAAAAUGUGUUUAGAUGCCAAAACCAGUGAAGAUGUAUUAGACACUGGGGCAAAACAUAUACAACGUACAGUUACAGGUACAGGUGUACAGGUAGCUGGAACUGAUACCCAAAGAGUUUGUCCAGUAGAUCAACACCAGCCAAACGAUCCUCCCAUGCAAGCCACAACCUCAUCUUCUACAGUCAACAGGUCAAAAAACACUUCUGUAUCACAACACCUAAAGCCACUGGAUAGUUCAAAUGAAAAACCUGAGGAAUUGUCCCCUAAAGAUGAAAGAAUACCAUAUUUGGAUAAAAACUCUCAUCCACCAUCCACCUUGGGGCAGGUGUACAACAUAGAGGAACGCAAACAAACUGCAAAGAUUGGGGAAGCGAGGACAGAAAAACUGAGACAAGAAAUGCUUGCAACUCAGCAUGAAGAAACCACAGCGAAGCAGAGCAGAGCUUCUGGGACAGAAGUGAAGACAAGAGCAGAAGACAUGAAAAUAAAACACAUUAUAGAGGAGAGUAGAGCUUCUCUGGCUGAAGAAGAGAGGAGAGCCGCUCGUAGAGAAGAGGAGAGGAGAGCAAGAGAGCGGGAGGACAUAGCUGUUAGGAUCAAGGAGAGGCGUGAAAAACAGAGAGAAGCAGAGCGAAGAGCAGAGGAAGAAAGAAAAGCAAAACAGGCAGAGGAAGACAGAGCUGCUCAAAAAGAAGAAGAGAUGAGAGCAAAGCAAAGAGAAGAAGAAAGGAGAGUGAAAGAAAUGGAGGAGAAGAGGAGAAUAAAGAUUGAGGAGGAGAGGAGGGUGAAACUGAGAGACGAGGAAGAGCGUAUGAAAGAGAAUGAGGAGAGGAGGAGGGCGAAACAGCAAGAGGAGAGAGCUGCACUGGAGGAGCAGCAGAGGAGAGCUCAUGAGGAGCAGCAAAGGAGAGCUGCACAAGAAGAGCAGCAGAGGAGAGCUACUAAAGAGGAACAGCAAAGGAGAGCUGCACUGGAGGAGCAGCAGAGGAGAGCUCAUGAGGAGCAGCAAAGGAGAGCUGCACAAGAAGAGCAGCAGAGGAGAGCUACUAAAGAGGAGCAGCAAAGGAGAGCUGCACUGGAGGAGCAGCAGAGGAGAGCUCAUGAGGAGCAGCAAAGGAGAGCUGCUAAAGAGGAGCAGCAGAGGAGAGCUGCUCAGAUUUCAGAGGAGGAAAGGAUCAAACAGAUCCAGGAGCAGAAGAAAACAGAGCAGCAGAUUCAAAAGCAGAGGAGCGAAAGACAGAGGAGAGAAGAAUGGAUGAGAACUCAAAGGGAAGAGGAAGAGAUGAGAGCUGUUCACAAAGACAAGCAAGCCAAAGAGGAGAAGACCAGACUUCUGGAGGAGAGCCAAGCAGCACUGAAAGAGGAGGAGAAGAGAGUAGCACGAGAACGGACGCUAUCUCAAAGAGAGGAUGAGAGCAGGGCUAAAGAAGAAGAAAAGUUAGCAGCUUACAGAGAAAAGGACAAAGCCGCUCAAAUAGAGGAGCAGAAAAGAUCAGCACAGAGGCUGGAUGCUCUUCAGUACUAUGCCAUCACCUCAGCAGACCUGGAGAGGAAACCCAGAGGAAGACAGUUAUGCUCCCCUUUACCUUCCCAACGAAGAAACAAUCCAUCAGGGCUUGAGUCAGCUGAGGACUCCCACAUCAGGUCUUUUAGGCCUCAUGCCCCUACAUCUCCAGCUCCAUCUCUGCCCCGCUCCAACACCUCUUCUCCUGCUCUGGGAGCCAAGCCCUUAAUGUUCAAGGUGAAGGAUAACACCACUAGAGGUUCCUCUCUCACCAAGUCAGUCAAACCACGCUUCCAUAAGAACCUUGUAGAGGAUUUCCGAGUGGGUUCACCCAUUGGGUCAGAGAGAGCCGAGGAGGAGCAAGAGCUAAUGAGACACAGUGCUGUAACUCCUGUCCAUUAUGACACAGGGUCAAAUAGACUUGCUGCUAUCAAAGAAUCCUCGCCUUUUCAUCUUUCUUCUUCACAGGAGUACACAGCCCCUCUCCCACAUUACAGGCCUUACUCUAGGAGGAGCAUCGUUCUGGAUGAGGAUGACUCGCGCUCUGUCAUCAGCAACAUGUCAGAGGAUGUGGAGAGUUAUGCCACCAGUGCAGCAGACCUUGCAGAUAUACGAGGCCUGUAUGACUACGAGAGGCCAGAAUCAGCCUGCAGCUUCAGCAGUGAUGUGUCCCGCUCUCUGGGCAAGCCUCCAGCUGUUCCCCCAAAGAGUGAGAAAGCAUUGCGCAGGGCGAAACGGCUGACUACUCGGAGAAUCAAGAAGGAGCUGACCAAAGCAGACGGCCCUGCUGCAGUUGAGAAACCUCUUCAAGAGGUUUCUGGUAUUCCUUCCUCCUCCUCCUCUUCCAUCACUGAGGUACGCUCCUCCAACCGCCAUGCUGUGGCUUCCCCUCAUUUUUCCCCACCUGUCACCCUCACUCAUGCUCCAGCAUUGGGGUCUAGCUUGCCUUCCUCCCACACAGAGCACCAAUCUUCUCAUAGCUCUUUCUAUGCUUCCCCUCAUGCCACUGGUCCUAUCUCCCUCCCAGCUGCCUCACCACAUGCUACUGCUCCCAUUUCCAUCCCUGUUACCUCGCCUCACGCUACUGGCCCUGCUUCCCACCCUGCUGCUCCUAAGACAGUUGCUGAUGUUCCCUCUUCUCCCACUCUCCAUCAUGCCAACCACCCAGCUCCAGUGACCCAGUACCAUGUAGAGUCGAGCUACCCCCAGUCCUACCCAAUGACCCAGCGAAAGGUGCUGCAAGACCUCGGCUCUGGUCAGUAUUUUGUUGUGGACGUGCCUGUUCCGGUGAAAACAAAAACUUUCUUUGACCCCGAGACGGGAAAGUAUGUUCAGCUAAAUGUGCGUGAGUCUGCCCAGAGCACUUCCCGACCACAGCCCCAGCCCCAGCCCCAGCAAACAUACAUACAGCCUCAGCGCCAACCCCAAAUUCAAGUCAAGCCCCAACAACAGCCCCUCUCCCAGGAUUCUCCAGCUGGCAAGCCCCUUGUGCUUUAUCAAGGCUACCAUGGGUAUCCACAAGGCUACCAACCCGCAGCUAUCAACUCUGUGCACCACAACAGGUCAUCAGCCCCUGCGACUCUCCACCAGGACCAACAGCCUACCAGGGAGAGCCACAGCUAUGGAUAUCCAGCCCCUGAAAUGGGACAAAACUCUGAAGAGCAUCGCUACAGCCCAGAGAAGACUCCAUACAUGGACACGGUUAAUGAUACAGACAAAACAUACAACACAGUUUACAGCACACAUGGCCCAUGUGAGUCGUUCCCAGAGUGUGACACAAACAGCCAGCUUGCAGGAAGCUCAAUUUGUGAAAAUGAUAACUCAGCCCACUCACGGUAUCAGCCCCGUGAUAUUAUAACAAUGAGUGAACUGGAGGAUUUUAUGGAUCUAUCUGACUGGUGAGAAGAAAGACUGGUAGCUUUGACUCAAAAGGGGUUGAUCAUGUAAAGCAGACAAGUAGCUCAAAGUAUUUGAUAAAAUAAAAUGUUUGUAAAUGACUUUUUCAAGGGAAAAUAGUCUCAGAAUGUUUUUUGGUUUGUAGUUUCAAAAAGCUCAUGUGAAAUGUUGUUAAAUUGCUGCUGUUGAUUUUAGAGAUUUGCUGUUGAGCUAUUUAUUGUGUUACAGAGAAGUUCACCAUUCCAUUUGACUUUUGAAUGUGAGAAGCUAAGACAUGUUUCUUGUGUAUACAGUAUGAUCAGUGUCCCGUUGCCUCCUAAACCAAAAGGUAUGUUAUCAUACAUCAAACAACAGUUUGUCAAGUUUAGUAGUGUUAAGUAGUUUGGAGAAAUGUUGGUUUCUGCUACGAACACUUGCAGGUCUGCUUAAGUUUUCGUUAUUUUUUUUCUUGGAGAAAUCCUACUUUUGGCAUUUUGUGAUGCAUGAAAUAUUGUUAAGCCCACAGCGUCAAUCAAAGAUCUGCAGAUGGUAAAACGUUUGUGUAUUGAACCACUGUGUCAAAGUGAAGAAAUGGUGAUGAGAUUAUUUUUGUUUUAAAGGUUUAAUAUCAUAUGGUAGUACAUUUUUUAAGUUGAAAGUUUGUGAGAAUGUUUCUGUGUUGCUGUGAGUAGUGUGACAUGGACUUAUUCAGGCAAUAGAAACACACUUCAUUCAACCAAAUAAUUUUUUCACCACAAUAACUGUCUUUCAGGAUCACCUUGUGAAGCUUAUACAUAAACAAAAGGGACAUAUAAAGGUUGCUGCUACAGGUUGAUUUCAUUUUACUACUGGAAAUACUGUAAUAACAAUAUAAUGUUAUUGUCACUGGCAUCCUGUUCUGACUCAUGAAAUGUACCCUGGGUCUGAAUGAAUCAAAAUGAAGAGUCUUUUCACUGAGUGCAUAAGACAAUUACAACGUGUUAUUGAGAGAGAACAAUUAUAUGUCCCGAGAGAGUUCAUAAACACAAAAAGAGAAAAUAACAUUUUGUGUGUAUGCGUUUUUUUUUUUUUUUUGCUGUACGAAUCAAUGCAAAUGGUUAAAUCCUCGUCUACUAUACCUAUGGGAUCCAAUGAUAGAUAUAAUACUGUGUGAAAUGUGUUUUCUUUGAUUUGCCUUGAGUCACAAACUGAGAUUAAAUGCACAUGGCUGUGGUGAGACUGCCUGCUUACACUCCCCAGUUUCAUGGUAAACUCAAGUAAUGUUGAUCCCCUGAGAAGCAGUAACCUGCUUUGACCACUGUAGGGCAGAGGAGAGCGAUUCCUCCAGUAAAGCAAAGACUUGAACUUAAGACUUAUGUAAAGGAAAACUUAAGGGAAACCCCAACAAAAAGAUGUUGCUAAGACAUUAUGUAUCUUCACAGUCUCUUUACACACACAACUCUCUUUUGAUACAACCUGUACUAAAGAAAAAACAAAAGAUUUUGUCAAAGUUAGAAAGGAUUAAACCGCGUUAUCAACCCA